CCGCGGUCGGUAGGGAAAUCUGGGGAAGCUGCUGAGCGUUGCUGCCAGAGUGUUCUGGAGCUCAGCAAAAGCCUCCAAAGCACUUAAGCUUCCCGAAAGAAAAACGGAAUAAACGAAACGAAAAGAAGGGAAGCUUGUUCCCCUAAAGCCGGGGUUUCCAGUAGUCCUGGAGAGGCGUAGUUGGCAGCGGCCCCUGAUCACACCCGGACUUGGAAAGACGGUUUUAGCCGGUUUCGGGAGGAGAGAGGUGAGGGACUUGCAGGACCUGGUCUAGGAACCUGCAGAGAGAACUCUGGGCAGGAGGAAAACGGCCCCGGAGCGGAACAGCCACCGUCUGACCAUGCCCCGAUGAGGAGGGCGGACUUCGAGGGCAACUCGUCGCGGACUGCCUGGGCUUAGCCAGCAAGCUGCGAGCUGCCAGCGGCACGGAACUGCGCGGCACGGCCCGGCGGGGUCUAUCUUCUAUGUCUUCUUGGGGCGCAAGGCGGAUCGGGGUCUCAUUUUUGCAGGAAGAGCCCUGCACUGGUGGCUUCAGGUGGCUGUCGCCGCCGCUGCUAGUGCUGUUUCUACCCCUUGUGCGAGGAGCAAAGACCGGCGAGCGGGGACACUUCCCGGGCAGCGAGGCAUCGGAUAUGUGUCAGCACAUCUGGGGCGCACAUCCGUCGAGCCCAAGGGGAGAUUUGCUGGAACAAUUCAAACUGCGAUAUUGAUCUUGGGGGUGACUGUCCCUGGCUGGCUGUCUGGUGGGAGUGCGAGUGUGCGCUCGCUGGGAAGUGUGUGCGCGUGUGCAUGUGUGUGUGCCGUGUGGGGGCCCCCCUUUCCCCCCUGUUUUCCCGUCGAGUGAUGCACUUGGAAUGAGAAUCAGAGGAUGGAAAUAGUCUGGGAGGUGCUUUUUCUUCUUCAAGCCAAUUUCAUCGUCUGCAUAUCAGCUCAACAGAAUUCACCAAAAAUCCAUGAAGGCUGGUGGGCAUACAAGGAGGUGGUCCAGGGAAGCUUUGUACCAGUUCCUUCUUUCUGGGGAUUGGUGAACUCAGCUUGGAAUCUUUGCUCUGUGGGGAAACGGCAGUCUCCAGUGAACAUUGAGACCAGUCACAUGAUCUUCGACCCCUUUCUGACGCCCCUUCGCAUCAACACUGGGGGCAGGAAGGUCAGUGGGACCAUGUACAACACUGGAAGACACGUAUCCCUGCGCCUGGACAAGGAGCACUUGGUCAACAUAUCAGGAGGGCCCAUGACAUACAGCCACCGGCUGGAGGAGAUCCGACUGCACUUUGGGAGUGAGGACAGCCAAGGGUCGGAGCACCUCCUCAAUGGACAAGCCUUCUCUGGGGAGGUGCAGCUCAUCCACUAUAACCACGAGCUAUAUACAAAUGUGACAGAAGCUGCGAAGAGCCCAAACGGAUUGGUGGUAGUUUCUAUAUUUAUAAAAGUUUCUGACUCAUCAAACCCAUUCCUUAAUCGAAUGCUCAACAGAGAUACUAUCACAAGAAUAACAUAUAAAAAUGAUGCAUACUUACUGCAGGGACUUAAUAUAGAGGAACUGUAUCCAGAGACCUCCAGUUUCAUUACAUAUGAUGGAUCGAUGACUAUCCCGCCCUGCUACGAGACGGCAAGCUGGAUAAUAAUGAACAAACCCGUCUAUAUAACCAGGAUGCAGAUGCAUUCCUUACGCCUGCUCAGCCAGAACCAACCCUCUCAGAUCUUUCUGAGCAUGAGUGACAACUUCAGGCCCGUCCAGCCACUCAACAACCGUUGCAUCCGCACGAACAUCAACUUCAGUUUACAAGGGAAGGACUGUCCGAACAAUCGGGCCCAGAGGCUGCAGUAUAGAGUAAAUGAAUGGCUCCUCAAGUAGGGAACUAAGCCAAGAAGAAUCCCACUUCAGUGAAAUGCCACAACUGUGAACUGAUGUAACCUGAAAUGUCCCCCUCCUUCCUUCUCUCUCCUUCUCUCCCUCAAGCCUCAUUCACUCUUUGGAUUGGCCCUUUCUUCAUGAAAACUGUCUGCAAAACCUUGGCAGAACACAUCUCUUACACACACUCACCAACACACAUACAAGCACUCACACACACAUACACACACAGGCAAACAUAUCUACACACACACACACACGCUCAGCCUCCAAGAUGGGAAGUCAAGUUUCAGAAACAAAAGGCUCAUUCAUAAGAGGUCUUAGAAGAAAAAAAAAAAAAAAACAGUUAACCUGAUUACAAUUUUGAUACUGUUUUCCUGAACAAAUAAAUCUACCCAAUGAGACUGUUCAGCCUUUGUACAUACAAAAUUCUUCCAAAAGAGAGAGAGAAAACACAGUUCUGACAGCAUCAAGUGGAUUUUGUUCUUUGCUUCAAGUAAUCUCGGAUAGUGUCCCAGGAUCCUUCGAGGGUGCUGGUGACAGGUGAACCAGGACAAAGUUGUCCAAGGACACUUAUUACUAGAUUAUGUUUCUUCUGUUUACUCAACAAUUUAAAAAGAAAAAAAAAAGAACAGACAUUGAAGAGAUACACAUUGUAUAUAUAUAUCACCACAGACUAUUAAAAAAUGGAACUAUUUCCCCUCUUUGUCACAUAUCUGUAGUAGGAUUUGCCAAGAUCAGAUUGAUCCAUUUGCUGUUUGUUGUUUUCCAAAGGUCAUACAUUGUGUUUGGUUAUUGUUAACAGCUCAAUAUAUGUGUUUAACGAGUUAAUUUCAUCUUUCUGGCUUUGGUCUGUUCUCCGUCCUUACAGGCUCCAUGCAACUGCUUUCUUUGCUUUCACUUGCUCCUUCAUUUACAUGUUUUGUUCAUUUGCAGCCAGUUUUUACUGAGUUUGUGGCAACUGGGAAUGCAUUUGCUAAGCAAGCAUAACUUUAAUUCCACUCCAUGGCUUGAUCAUUCAUACGAGGUGAGCUUCAGCCUGAGAUAGCAGGCGACAGAUUUCUUGCAUUUCAAAACUGCCAUUACCCACCCCACCCCUCCCUCGUGAUGCUCCCUUGAAGGAAUGCACUUUGCCUUGUAAAUUCCUGGGAAAGGGGUGUCUUUUUCUCUCCAGGUGCAGCUGGAAUCUCACAAAGUACAAAUGAAUGCCUUUCUUUUCUUGUUUAUAAUGGUCACUCACUGUGUUUGGUUACUGUCAAGAAAUCAAUAAAUGUGUUUAACAAGUUA